AUGUCCAAACCCCUCCCCCCAACCCAAACCCCCCAACCCCCCUCCGACAUCGACGACCUCUCCAACCCCAAACUCUCCGUCUCCUGCCUCGACUUCCUCCUCAUCGAGCUCGUCCCGCUCGCGCAAAGAAUCACAGACCAACUGCACGCGCGCGAACAAGCGCUCAUAGACGAGUUCAAGAAAUCCAAAAUCUUUCAUCAAGACAUUACACCUUCGACGUCCACAUCCACAAAAGCGACGUCGACGUCGAAUGAUGAGGGCAAGACGCUGGGACAGGGACAGGGACAGAGGGAUAGUGUGGGAGCGCCGCCGACGGUGACGGUGACGGAUGGGACGGGGUCGUCGUCGGCGUCUAAGGGUGGGGAUGGGACGGCGACGAGCACGACGGGGUUGGGGACGGCGACGGUGAUGGACGACGAGACGCGGGAGGCGGUGUUUUGGAGAUUAGACGGGUUGGGGUAUCGAGUUGGGCAGGGGCUGGCUGAGCGCUUCUCCAUCGGCAAACCCCGGCCCCAAACCCCUCUCGACGCGAUCAAAUUCAUCUGCAAAGACCUCUGGACUCUACUCUUCCGCAAACAAAUCGACAACCUCAAGACCAACCAUCGCGGCGUCUUCGUCUUGACGGAUUCGAGAUUCCAGCCGCUGAGUCGUAUGAGUAUCGAUCGGAGGGCGGGGCCCAGAGCGGUGGAUGAUGCGUUGCGCAGGGCGCAGACGUACCUGUAUUUCCCCUGCGGCGUCAUAAGAGGCGCCCUGGCGGGAUUGGGCAUGGAAGUCUCGAUCACUGCAGAAACGACAGAGAUCCCUGCGGCGACCUUCCAGAUCAAAAUGAAGGGUUCGAAGGCUUAA